UGAAGAAAUACCAUCUAUGCCUGGAUAGAUAUCGAAGGAAAACCACCUUUUAUUCUAUAACUCGUUCAACCUUUCUCAGGCAUCUGUUAUAGACCUCCACUCUGCCUUAUAAUAAACUCUCCCAAGUACCCCCUCUGGUCAGCCCAGCACCUUACCAACACAUUGGCUGCUCUAUUCCUCUCAGGUGGUUCUACUCGUACAGUAUUGCAAGCUAGCCCCUCGUUAUCCCUUCCUCGGCUAGAUUGCCCAUACUCUAGUCACCCGGUCCAUCUCUGCCUUACUCAUGAGCAAAACCUUCGUGACACUUGCGUGGCUGUUCUGCACGGUGGGUCCUAGAGCUAUUGAUCCAAAGCCAUCUUUCAGGUCUCUGCUGAUCUCCCGUUUUCCUGAUAGCAUCUACGCAAUCCCCCAGCUCUCCCAACUCAGCAGCACCGUGCAGAGCUGCGCCCCCACCCGAAAUAAGGGUUCAGAUCAACCCUUUCUCUAUUAAAUAGUACCCGCACAACUCCUAAGUCGCCAAUUUGCACAGCAGCACUAAGCAAUGCCCGAUGGUGAAUAUCCCCAAAGUCACGAUAUGCCUGAGGGUCGUGGGUAUCCUCGAGAUUAGAGUUUGCCCAGGGCGCCGCAGGGGAGGAGGUAGGCUACGUACAACCUACCGGUGCCGGCGGCCGAAGUUGACAGCUACCUACAGAGGAGGCGUCUGAUAGGCUGUGUGGCUUGAUCAUCGAGAGGGAUUGUUUCCUGGGUUAGCAACACUUUAACUGCGCCGAGGUCACUGUGUUUGCCGCUUCAUACGAGCCCGGUGGGGUGCACGUCGUGGGAGGAGCAUGCCCGUGCAUUGGGAUCCAUAUCACAAGCGAGUAAAGUGUGGAUAAGGUUUUGGCAGCGCUAAAAGCACUCAUACAGGCGCUCAGUAGGUAGCGUUGUCGACGGUAUCGAGGAUGCCAUUAUCUAGAACCUUUUGGGCGGUCUGGAUGUCAUCGCAACACACGCUUCUAGCGGGCCCGCCGACGACUGUCCGAAAACCCAAAGGCCGUAUAGGUUAGCCUAUACAAGCCCCAGUUGACCGCAAAUUUGAAAGGCCAAUGUACAAAGGUCGAGGGGAACCAGACCACAUAUUACUCGCCCUGAUAUGCACCGGUCAACGUUUGUGCCUAUGGAAAAGCUUAGUGGUGGACGGCACCUUACUGCGGUCCUCGAGCGCUCUUUUAGUUGCAGUGAGGAUCAACUGCAGCAGGAAUUCGUGGGAAACAUCUUGUUCACUUUACCAGAACUUUGGAAGGGUCUCGCGCCAUCCAACUGGCUCCAACCUCUCCAGACCGGGCCUCCUGGUCUUUUGAUUACCGGCCCGAUUUCAACCAGCCGAACCCACCGGAGACACUACCGUGACAUGCCGCAGAAUGAAGAGCUUUCUAACUCUCACUCACACGGGAUGGAGACUGGCGAUGAGAAGGGCAGGAGGUUCGAACUAUCAAAGCCUCCUGCUCUUCUUGGCAUCACUCCUACCGAAUUGAAUAUUAUUGUUAUUUUUACUCGUGCUUGUGUCACUGACGGUGCUUGCGCAGCGACUUAACUAUAAACACCUUAAUCCCGUAUCCCCUGUCCCAUACCGGGACCCGAGCACAAGUGCCAGGGAGAUGUUUUCGUACUCGAGUACUGUAAGCACAAGAUAGGGAUCAUUUUGUAUGUUAACCUGAAUUAACUAUUCACUUGAGGCAUUCAGCCCAAGAGUUGAAAAAA